UUCCAUAUAAUCACCACCACCUUUAAAUAUGUAGGGAAUCUUCCCAUUUCUCCAUUCAAGUUUGUUUCUAAUUAUUUAACAAUGGCUGUGAAAGUCUGCAUGUUCUGGAUCUUUUUAGCUGCUGUGGCUUGUUUGAUAGCAGAGUCAUCAUCAACUUCUUCUGAUAUGUUAGUGGGUGGCGAAGUCGCAAGAUCAUUAACACAAAGAUGUAAUCGUGAAGGUGGAGACUGCAUCGGUGAAAAUAAUGAAUUAAUUGUGGAUUCCAAAAUUAAUCGCCGUUCGUUGUUUCAACCUAAGAGACAUAUUAGUUAUGAUGCCAUUAAGAAGGACUGGAUUCCUUGUAGUAAACGUGGAAGGUCUUACUACGAUUGUACUAAAGCAUCUCAAGCUAAUCCCUACAAUAGAGGUUGCACAGUUGCUACUCAUUGCGCAAGGAUUAUCAGAUAAGGGAAUGGUGAUUUUCAAAAGAAAAAAAAGAGUGAUAUAGAAAGAAAAAAAAUGAUGAAUUACGUACGUAAUAUGCUCAUCAUAAUAGCUAAUUAAACAAAAUUUAAUGGUAUUCUGCAAAUAUAUGUGUCCAUGUACGUAAGUAAAUAAAAUAUAUUUGCAUAAAAAAGAUGGAAAAUUAAUUACUGGUUAUUCUGAUUUAGUUAUGUUACUAUCUCAUCUAGAUCUACUUCUCUCUUCCUAAUU